CGGAGGGAGUUGGUGCCUGCAGCAGCAGCGAACAGUGCUGCUCUCACUGUUGUUGCGUCACAUGCAGCGCCCCUCCCCGCCUCACAGUCUCUAUUUAUGAUGGUGUUUGCAAUGAACAUGUGCAGUGAACACGUGCAGUGAAGCGAACAUACUGCCACCUAACGUCACCCGAUGCUAUAUAUAGCAGUGGUGAACGUUGAUGGCAGACUGUUGUAACUCCAGAGUUGAAGGAAAAUAGCAUAGAGUGAACAUUGAGUGUAAUGAUGAGUGGUUUUGAGGAAGUAGUGGUGGACCUCAUCACCCUGGCGGGGUUGGCACCCACUGCUGCAGACGGUGCUUUCGCCACAGCAGCACACACUGUAGGGACAGUCACAACAGCAAUGUUUCAGAGUGUGGACAAUGUAUUACGAUCAUCUGCAGCAGAUGCAGUGGUCGUGGCGAGGAUGGCAGCGUCGUCGAAGUCAUCGAGGGAAACGGCUGAGUUAGCUGGUACUGUAGAGGACGCUGGCCAGUCCCUCAAGCAUGGGGCUAGCCUGGCCCUCCAGAAGGCUGGCCACUCCCUCACACACCUGCCUGCCCCUACAUUGGCUCAGCCCAGGCCUAAAAGACUGCUGGAGGAGUAUGCCCCGUUGAUGGGCGGGGUGGUAGCUGCAGCAGCCCUGGUCACUGCUACAUAUUACCUCACAAGACCUGCCUCGGUCCCACCCCAGGUCGACUUAGACGAGCAGAGCCACACAAUUGUUGAGGGCGCAGAGCUGAUCCGUGUGUCGAAGCUGACCAAGGAGGCCCGGGAGGGCAAGUUCAUGAAGUUUUUAUAUGAGGACACCAGAACACUCUACGAUGUCUUCCGUAGAGGUGUUAAGGAAUCUAAUAAUGGUCCAUGUCUGGGGUGGAGAGAGGGACCGGGAAAACCUUAUCAGUGGCUCCACUACAACGAAGCUCUACUAAGAGCGAAAAACUUCGGUGCUGGUCUGGUGGCAUUAGGUCUGAACCCUGGCCCAGAGACCUUCAUUGGUAUCUACUCUCAGAACUGCCCUGAGUGGAUCCUCACUGAGCAGGGUCUUUACUGCCAGUCCAUGGUCAUCGUGCCACUCUAUGACACACUGGGACCAGAGGCUUGCAACUUUAUUAUCAACCAAGCUUCCAUCAAUACUGUGGUGUGUCAGGAUGACCGUAAGAUGAGUCAGCUGUUGCAGAAUCCACCUAAGUGUCUCAAGACACUUAUUGCUAUCAAAGAUAUUAGUCCCGAGACUGCCGAGCGUGCUAAGAAAUUAGGCAUGGUUAUCAAGUUCUUUGAAGAGAUCGAAACCCUGGGUGCUGCAAGUGAACUUCCGGAACUGCCUCCACAGCCAGAGGACCUCUGCACUAUCUGCUACACAUCUGGUACUACUGGUAAUCCUAAGGGCGUUAUGUUAUCACACGAAAACAUUGUUGCAGAUGUUUCUGCAACACUCCUACAGCUAGCUGAGCACAAACCACACAAGAGUGACGUGAUGUUAUCGUUCUUGCCACUGGCACACAUGCUGGAGCGUUGCUGUGAGGUGGCUGUUUAUAUAGCAGGUGGUGCUGUAGGCUUCUACUCGGGUGACAUUCGUAAUCUUGUCGAUGACUAUAAAGCUUUGCGACCAACCAUCACCCCAUCCGUCCCUCGCCUCCUGAAUCGUGUUUAUGAUAAAGUCACAUCAUCGGUGAAUGGUUCUGCCAUUAAAAAGCUCAUGUUGAAGAUGGCGGCUGCAAGCAAGAAAGCUGAAAUUGAGAGAGGUGUGAUCAGAAGAUCAUCCAUUUGGGACAAGUUAGUGUUCAAGAAAGUGCAAGAUGGUAUGGGUGGUAGAUUGAGACUGCUGGUUGUGGGUUCUGCACCUCUGGCAGGCAAUGUUCUCACCUUCAUGAGAGUUGCAUUAGGAUGCGUUAUUGUGGAAGGAUACGGCCAAACAGAAUGUGGUGCUCCAGCCACACUGACCAUCCAAGGUGACUACAGACCUGACCAUGUAGGUCCUCCUAUUGCUUGUAAUGCUAUCAAGCUUUGUGAUGUUCCAGACAUGGAUUAUUAUGCUGCUCAAGGUCAGGGUGAAGUUUGUAUCAAAGGUUCCAAUGUAUUCAAAGGAUACUUCAAAGAUCCAGAAAAGACUCGGGAAGCAGUUGAUGCCUCAGGAUGGCUUCACACUGGGGACAUUGGCCAGUGGCUACCUAAUGGAACAUUGAAAAUUAUUGAUCGUAAAAAACACAUCUUUAAGCUUGCACAAGGUGAAUACAUAGCCCCUGAAAAAAUAGAAAAUAUAUAUGUACGAUCACAGUACGUUGCUCAAGUCUUCGUACAUGGUGAAGGUCUUAAGGCGAGUGUGGUGGGAAUUGUGGUACCAGAGGUAGAGGCUAUUAAAGAAUGGGCAAGAGAACAAGAGAUACCCGGCACUCUCUCGGUUCUCUGUGCUAAUCCUCACAUUAAACAACUUAUUAUGGAUGAUAUUACGAACCUCGGCAAGGCAGCUGGUUUGAAGUCCUUUGAGCAGGUCAAGGAUAUCUACUUGCACCCAGACCUCUUCAGUGUCCAGAAUGGUCUCCUGACUCCUACUCUCAAAUCCAAGAGACCACAACUAAAAAAAUACUUCACUCCGCAAAUUGAUGACAUGUAUGCUAAAUUGCCCUAAAUCAGGUUAAUCUGUUGCUUAGGUCAAAUAAUAAAAAUCUUUUUACUGAGUGAGAUAAUGUCUGUUGUGUGUCUGACGUGUAAGAUUGGAUUGUGAAUGCCUAUGAAAUAUUUAACUUGUGCCUCGUAUUGUCUGUACUUAUUAUAUGACAAUUACAUAUGUAAUUAAGUAUUAUAAAAGAACUAAAGAGUAUUGAUCAUUUAGACAUGCUUAUGUAAGAACAUAAACUAGACACUCACAAUAGAGAAGAAACAGCUUUGCUUUCUUCAGACUGGCUGUUUUAAAUACUAUAUACUGUACGAGUUAAUAAUACUGUAGAAUUAUCAAACAUAGAAGAUUAUAACUACUGUAUAUUACAUCAUUUUAUAGAGUGUGGUAAUGAGUAAAUUAACUUUAUGUACAUAUUAUACCAUGUUUUUAAUUGGCUAGAAUACAUGUUAACAAAUUUGAAUUGCUAAUUAGUGGAAAAAAUUUUGGUAUGUACUGUAUAAUAAAUAAAAAAAUUAGGAAGUUCAAGUAUUAACAGUUUAUUAUUUUUCAUGUUUUUUGGCAUUUAACCCUUUCACUGUCUGCUCACAAACUUUCUCUAUGUUGAAAAAAAAAUUCUUAUGAAAUGAUGAUCUUUUCCCGAUGGUAAUGACACCAAAAGUAUGAAAUUUGAUGGAAAACUUAUGGAAUUACACUCUCGUGAAGUUAGCAGUCUUGGCGAUAUUUACGCACCAGUGAUUUUGCCCACUUUGAGCCCUAUUUUCGGCCAAUUCCAUUGUUCCAGUCGACCAAACUCGGCUAUUUUGCUAGAACUCCAUUUGUUCUAUCGACUAAGUACAAGAAACUGAUCAUUUACUAAACCAUACCCCCGGCCGGGAUUGAA